UCCUCCUCCAUCAGCAUUGGAUCAGCGUCGAGGGCCAACUUGUCAAGCACGCCUUUCACAGGCAGGCAGUUCGAGAAUCCCGAUGCUAUCCUGUCCAGGGGUAAAGAAAGGUAACAAAUGAGGCAUUCGCCUAGAUAAUGAAUGGCAAGACCGCACGGGUUUUUCUUUCGAUUGCUGAUACACAGUGCCGUCCGAGCCGUUUAUCUCGGUAUAAUACAGGAUGGGUAUCUUGCGCUCCCAUAAUUGUCAUCGGGUUGACCAUCUUCCUUCCUCCUGCCUGCCUGCUCCAAGCUGGAGUCUCGACACCGGCGUUGUGCGAUUGCCGGCCGGCCAAAGCCUAUCGAAUCUCCUAUCGGCUCCGAUACCCCGCUGUCGGCCUUUUCUUCCCCUGCCUCGCAACACCGCCCAUUGGCUCUGAGAAAGGCAGCUCGCCGACGGGCCCGCGCCCAAAUUCCCAAUGCAAGAAGUCACUGACGACAUGGAGUCUCGAGGGAGCCCUGCCUCACGGCAUCGGAUUGCCAGACCCUGCCUGUGUCUUCCUCCAUGGGAAUAAUUGGAUUUAAGGUUGUUGAGCCAUUUGGCUGAAUAGGCGGGUGAGAUCCGGCCGAGUUGCUGUCGGAGGUGUGGCAGCGAUAAGCCAAUUCCAGCACGAUAAGGCCGCCGUUAAAACCUCGGGGUUGCGCUCGGGCAAGGGUGCAGCGAGCGGGGGCACUGAGUGGCGCCUUGCAGCUCGUUUGGCGUUUUUGGUGGGGCGCGAGGGGCGCGAGGGGCUCCGAGGGGUAACGGCUGGGAGCCAGGCCAGUGCC